AUGAGUUCAACAGCAGCAGCCAGUGGAUUUGUCGUCUUCCUUCUCUCUGUACAAGUGAUACAGAGUGAGGAUGGCUGGGGAGUGACUUACACUCCUACUGAGGUCUGUGCUGUAGAAGGAUCAACAGUGGAAAUACACUGCAACUACACAUACCCAUCUAGAAUACAGCACAGUGAUAUCAAGGAAGCAUUCUGGUUCAAACAGAAAGGUGGUGAACCUGUGGAUCUGAAAACAGACUCUGAGUAUUCAGGUCGUGUGCAGUACAGAUGUUAUGUGAAGAAGUGCACUCUGACUAUUACAAACCUGAGAAAGAAUGACUCAGCUGUUUACAAGUUCAGGUUCGGGAGAAACCAACCACGAGAGAAAUAUACUGGUUCACCUGGAGUCACUUUGUCUGUCACAGAUCCAGGUCUCCAGGUGAAGGUGAUCAGAUACGAUCUUACCCGGUCGUUGCUGGAGUGUAACAGCAGUUAUGUUCUGCCUGAUAAUCCUUCCUACAUCUGGUACAAGAAUGGACAGCACAUCAAGACAGGACCAUCUUCUUAUUACGCCAACUUUGGUUCUGCAGACAGCUACUCCUGUGCUGUAAGAGGAUCUGAGAAUCACUGUUCUCCUCCAGUGUAUGCUCCAAAGCUUCCCUCUGUGUCAGUGAGUCCCUCUGGUGAGAUAGUGGAGGGCAGUUCAGUGACUCUGACCUGUAGCAGUGAUGCUAACCCAGCAGCUAACUACACCUGGUACAAGGACAACCAAUCACGUCCUCGUGGAGAAGAAGGCAUUUAUCGUCUCACCUCCAUCAGCUCUGAGGACAGAGGGAUAUACUACUGCAAGUCUGAGAAUCAACAUGGAUGGAUUGACUCUUCAUCUCUAGUCAUUGAUGUCAAGUAUGCUCCAAAGCUUCCCUCUGUGUCAGUGAGUCCCUCUGAUGAGAUAGUGGAGGGCAGUUCAGUGACUCUGACCUGUAGCAGUGAUGCUAACCCAGCAGCUAACUACACCUGGUACAAGGAGGGUGAAGACUCACCAAAAGCAUCAGGACAGAUCUUCACCAUCACUGACAUCAGAGCUGAACACAGUGGGAAUUAUUACUGUGAAGCCCAGAACAACAGAGGACGUAGUAACUCCACCUUACAUCUGAUUACUGUAGCAGUUCUAGAUAGAACAUCAAUGAUAAUACAUUACACCAGGUGGACUCUGGUGGUUUUGAUGCCGAUUCCUCUGCUUCUUUUUUGUCUGUGGAUGAGGAAGAAGAAAGCUCUGAGCUCCACCACUGAACCACAUGAACCCAUAGAGCCUGUGGAGUUAGACCUUUGUCCUGUGUAUGAGAACAUCUCAGCCAUCGCAGCACAGACAGAAGACGAAGAGGAGCAGGAAGACACGGUGUGAAGAUGCAGUUGAACCAGAGGGAGACUCACCUGGAUGGAAACAGAAAGAAGUACACUGAAGUGGACAUAUUUACCUUUAAUACCAAAAGUUAUAUUCUGAGGUCUUUACAAAGUUCCAACUAUAGUUUUUAUUUUAUUAUCUUAGCUUUUCAAUCACUCUUUUUAAUUGUAUUCAAAUGUUCUCUUAUUAUGUUUUAUUUUUUAACUUUGUAAUAUUUUAUGCUUUAAAUUGCCUUGUUGCUAAAAUAUGCUAUACAAAUAAACCUUCCUUGCCUUGUCAGCUUUUGGAAACAGUGACAUGUAGCAGAAGAUUCAUAAUGCAUGCUUUAUUUGAACCUGUGCAGAUACAUUACAUAUGUGCAUGAUUUUACUUUAAUGUAAUGAAUUGCUUUAGAGAAAUCCUUUUCAC